UUUGAACCAUUUGAAUCUUCACGCGCUUGGAUCUAAUUAUGCGCUCCAAUGUAGUGUGUGUGAGGUUAUCGGUUUUCUAGUGAUGUCGACCUAUGUAGACAUCUCUACUGUGUUCAAUUUCGACCACAGAGGUCAAUAUGUUGAAAUUUCCCCCGAUAGAACGAAAGCUCGUCGUCAAAUAGGUUUUUGUGAUGGGGUAGUUAUUUCUCAAAGCUUCAUCCGACCAGGCGAAGUGGUAGCUGUCGAAAUUACAGAAACACAGCGAGGUUGGACUGGGGAUUUGAGAGUCGGAUUCACUUUACUACCGGAUAACUUGCUCUUGCCUCUUCCCAGAUGGUAAUCUUAAAAGUAUUCAAUGCAGAAAGGAAUGUUGCUUCACUAGUUGUAUAGUUCAACCCUUUUUUAUAAUACACGAAGCCCCAUUGGUUCCACGAAAUGUAGUAGUACUUAUCAGUUUCUAGCUUUGCCUCAAAAGUGCGUGUUGAUAAUGUUAUCCAUAUGAACAAAGGGGACUUCACAGCUAAAUUGUCCGGCCCAACGACCACAACAACAAAGUGAGAAGAAUUUCCUCAGUGUUAUUUUGUAGUCUGGGAUGCCCUUACUAGUUUUUUUUAUCCAAAAUAUGUUUGAAUAAACAAAUGAGACAUCUAGUACGCUUUUAAUGAUUUCUUGUCAGGUUUUCGUUUACAUAAAAUUAUUAGGUAAUACUAACCGAGUACAAGCCCUAACUCGAGUCGUAAAUGUGAAUUCACUAACUGUUCUGGUGUAAGUUUCUUAGUUCUCAUCAUUUAGUGUUAUCUUUAGUUUGCACAUGAUUCAAUAGUAGUAUUCGCAACGGUAUAAACUUAUAUAUCUUAAGCUGGGUAUCGAAAUCCAUCCUUUAUUUUUUCACUUAUCUUUUGGGAAAUCAAUUGUGAUCUCUACUUUAUGAUAUUAACUGCAUAACUUCACAAUUUACGUAUCAGAAUAUUUAUCUGUCAGGAAUAUUUUCCAAUGAUGACAGUUUACUACGCAUUAUUUUAUUUUCAGGUUUGCCCUACCUGCUUUGGUUUCUCCAGGUAGAAGUUGGAUUGUACCGGUUGGAACUGCUGUGGCCCUUCUCUUGUCGCAUCAUCAUCAAACUUACUGGAAACGACAGCAAUUAAAAUCUGGUCGUCAUUUGAGUAAAACCAAUAACAAUCCACCCACGUCGUUUGAUUCUGUCAAUAUGUUUUGCGAAAGACAAGUAGAUGUGCCCAGUAUGAACUCAAUCAGUGGUUUUAUCAAUAGUCCAAAUGUUCUGGUAACUAAUUCUCAUAUGGAUAAACAACCUACACAUCUACAAGUUACUCCUCCCUUCUUUUGUGUCUGUUGUCUCCAUACAAAGCGUGGUCGAGUACCACUGAGCCAACUAGUACCAAAUGAGCUAGAACUUGCGCGACCUCCUGAUGUCGAAAAAGGUAGUGUUAUAGCCAUCUACUAUGAACUGGAGCCACUACCUACAGAUGAAUCAUAUGAACAAUGUACAAGUCUUCCUAUAGAUGGAACUAUGAACAUACUUAAUGAUAUUAGCAAUAUUCCGUCUAUAAUACCAGAUGAGAAUGUACAGAACCUUUUGAGGUAUACUUUAAACUCUACCGAAAGUGAAGAGGAUUCAGAUACGGAAAAACUGCUUUUUCUUUUUCGGUUUCAUAUUGUUAUUAAUGGCAUCGACAUGAUUGCAAUAGCAGAAACAGUGGCUAUUUCACCAUCUGAUUUUGAAAAGAAUCUAAUCAGUGUGGACUCCUCAUUUUCACCUGUCAAUGGAGAUGCAAGCAGUAUCAAUUAUAGUGUGACUAACAGUACUAGUGAAACUCCUGAAUCAUUGCCAACUUCUGAUCUUCAUUCUUCCGAUAGUAUCCCUUCUCCCACACCGCGUAUGCGGGCUGUUUUUGAUGUUUAUGGCCAAACUAAAGCAAUUCAACUACGGUCGUUACAACAGAAUUCAAUUGCACAAUUAAGCCGUUUAUGCUCGUGUGCUAUUCUACAUCAUAUAUUUUGUAUAUUUCAUUCCAAUCGUUUUCUAAACACUGAAACAUCUAAUUUUGAUUCAGAUAAUUCAUUUAAUAUAUGCUCCAAAUCUAGUAGAAUGCGUAAUUCACCACAAAUGAUUGUUCCAAAUAUGAUGAAAAAUAAUAGAUUUCGGAAAUUAUUUAUUAUGUUAGAUAAACUUCCAUUACCUAGAGUUGAGCGACGUCGUUUACAACGUGAUGCUUUUGCUGUAUUAGCUCGAGGAAUUGCUGAUUAACUACGAAUUGUACCCAAGAAGUAUUUGUUUUAUAUUGUGUAUAUUACAGAAAAGAAAAAAAAGUCACCAAGUGUCUUUCACCAUUAUUAUUUACUUGUCUUUGAUCCGAUCUCCAGUUUUAGCUAUUAUUUUGUAGUGCGCGUUUGUGUUCAUUAGAGGGAGUAAAGCUGUUCCAUGGCAAAGGUGAACAAUAAAAGAGAUUCCAUACGGACUAUUCAAUCUACAUUUCAUUAUAUUUUAAUGUGUUGUUUAUUGCUUCAUUUAUUUAUUUACUUAUUGAAAUCAGAUUUGAAAGGACAUUACCCAUUCGCUUAGUGUUUUAUUUUGCUUGUACACAUUUUUAUUUACUUCGUAUUGUAUACAGAAUAAUUCUAAGUGGUUAAUGGAAACUGUUGAAAAUUCCAAUUUCAAUAUAAAAACUUUUGAAAAA